GUCUAGUUUUCUACACAAUUCCAUGUUUUGCAUUUGGACUUCUCAACAUUCAUUUCUGCUAGAAGUUAGUGGCAAAUUUAGUUCUUAUUAAACGAGUAUACCUAUGUUCUUGUUAAAUGUAUCAAUCUGAUAUUGAUUAGUAACGUUCAAAUGCCUUGUGCAUUGAUAUCUGAAAUGUCAGUGGCUUCUAAUUCACUAAACUAUGCCCGACCGUCCCUUGCCCGCAAGAAAAGUGAUGGUCCGUUUUACACUGCCAUAUUCGACUAUGAACCUACUAGAGAAGAUGAAAUCAGCCUACGGAGAGGUGUGCAAGUGGAGGUUCUGUCAACUGAUGCAAAAAUAUCAGGAGACAUUGGUUGGUGGACAGGACGCAUUACAAAUACAAGUGGAAAUAAUAAAGUGGGAAUAUUUCCAAGCAACUUUGUUACAAAGGAGCCUGAAGUGAUCAGAAGAAUUCCAUUAGAAAUUGACUUCAAGGAGUUGAAACUUAAUGAUGUGAUUGGUGUAGGUGGUUUUGGGAAGGUGUUCCAUGCAACAUGGAGAAAGGAAGUUGUAGCCGUAAAAAUUGCACAUAGUGACCCUGAUGAACCCGGUUCAACAGUAACUAAUGUUAGUCAAGAGGCAAAAUUAUUCUGGUUGUUAGAACAUCCUAAUAUUGUCACUUUACGCGGUGUGUGCUUACAAGAACCGAACAUAUGUCUGGUGAUGGAAUACGCAGCUGGUGGAUCUUUAAAUAGAGUGUUAAAUGGUCGACAAAUACCUCCAAACAUUUUAGUUGAUUGGGCAUUACAGAUAGCGAGAGGCAUGCGCUACCUGCAUGAAGAAGCACCCAUUCCUUUAAUUCACAGGGAUUUGAAGUCUAAUAACAUAUUGAUAUGCGAAGAGAUAGUGAACAACGACCUCACGAACAAGACGAUGAAGAUCACAGAUUUCGGGUUGGCGCGGGAGAUGUACUGCACAACUCGGAUGAGUGCUGCUGGGACGUAUGCGUGGAUGGCGCCGGAGGUCAUCAAGAACAACACGUUCUCCAAGCACAGCGACAUCUGGAGUUAUGGGGUGGUGCUAUGGGAGCUGCUGACGGGGGAGAUGCCCUACAAGGGAAUCGACGCCCUUGGGGUGGCGUACGGGGUUGCAGUGAACAAGCUCACACUCCCUAUACCCUCCACCUGCCCAGCAAUGUUCUCCAAUAUCAUGUCAGAUUGCUGGCACCAGGAGCCCCACUUCCGUCCAAUGUUCACAGACAUCAUAGCUGAGCUGGAGGAGGUGCGCCUGUCCGAGUUCAUGUCCACGCCCCAGGACUCGUUCCAUACCCUGCAGGAAGACUGGCGUCUAGAGAUAGAGGAGAUGUUCAAUGAGCUACGCAGUCGCGAAAAGGAACUUCGAAGUCGGGAAGAAGAGUUGACAAAGGCAGCCCUUCAACAGAAGCACCAGGAAGAGUUCCUUAAAAAACGUGAACAGGAAAUCGCCGAACGUGAAAUUGAGCUAGUGGAACGGGAAUUAAACAUUAUGAUUUUGCAGCAAAUCAUGCACAAGCCUCAGCCGCAUAAGCGACGGGGAAAGUUCAAGAAGAGCCGACUUCAGAAAGUGCUGAAAUCCGGAAGCAAAUCUAUUAGUGAACCAUCAGAUUUCCGGCACAACAUCACGGUGAAGAAGGAGGUGCAGACAUCCCCGUACAGGGACCACAUUGCCAGUCCAGAGACCCCUCAGCCCCAGUCCCCCAAUCAUCCACCUCGCCUCAGGGCUAUUGCAUACCCUGCGGACGGUAUUAAAGGCAAGACGUGGGGACCCAGCUCAGUGAAGAAGGACCGGCGACAGCGUACCUCUGUCAUUAUGUCAAAUGGACGAUGGUCCAAGAGUGCCCCUAGCCUGGAAAAGAACCUCAGACAACUCUCUGGCGGACAUUCCAACUUCUCGGCUCUCAACGAAAUUCUUGUGGAAGACGAAUCAUGGCCAACAGAUCUAAGUGAAAAUCAGCGCAGGAUCAUUCCAGGUCAAUCAAAGACAUUGCCAUUAGAUACAAGUGCCCUCCGACGUUCCAUGUCCCUGACUCGCAUUGGGUCCACCCUGUGUAACAUGGGCUCUAUGUUGGCAGGGGUCGGGGCAGGCUUUGACAUCCGAUUGUCAAACACUUCAGGCAUUCACCCCAGCGUUCAAGGUGCUAUGGACUCGAUUUCACCAAAGCGAGACUCGUUCAUUUUGAAUCGCAGAGAUGCUCAUCAUGCUGCGGUGCGGGACUUGUUUAUCGAGCCCGAAAUGGACUACAAAAGCUAUUAUUCAGUUUCAGGCUCAGGACACCACACAUUCCACGGUCAUCAGACAAAAUAUAGACCCAGUGUGCAGGAUAUUCCAGUUCAGUUCUUAGAUAGAGCUGCUCUUAAGGGUGAUAACACCUCAGAUGAAAUUGACGAUAGUGACAAUACAUCAACAGUGCGAUCUACAGCCACUCUAGUACCACACACCUUACAGCAUAGACUGUCUCUACCUGAGAGUGAUGAUGGUACGAUGACCACCCCCCAGGAAGGCAUGCUUACCACACACUAUGGACUCAAACGCCAGGCAUCGGAGAGUAGCUACAGUUCGGACACCUCUCGCACCACGGUUAAGUCCAAUCGACAUUCAGUGACCUUUGAAGACGAUUUUAACGUGAGUAACGAAUACAGGUCUGGAUCAGAUACCUCAGCAAAUUCAGCCCCGUUUCAAGACACCACCACGCCAGUAGCGCCUCCCAGGAGGUCGAAACAGAACGGAAGAAUAAAAGUGAAUACAGUGCCAGUAGCGGAGAGGCCAAAAACUUUGGACCUGGCGAACUCCAAGCCAGGGAUUCUAAAAUCCAGUUCGAGCCAUUCUUCGUCUAGAGAAUCUUCACGUGAAUCACCUAGGGCAACAUGGGUCACGCCCUCUGAGACUGCUGAUCACACGCCCUACUGGUCAACACGGUCGGGAAUGUCGCCUGGCAACACACCGCCACACAUUCUGCAUCAAAAGACGCUGCUUGAUAUCGACAUGGAAGGCCAAAAUCUGGACCCUACACAACCUCUGUUGUUGCCAAAGUCUCAGAGUACUCUCAUAAAUGUUCAAGAUGAAUUAAGUCGAUUGUGAUACAUACUGCACAUUGUUUUGUCUCUUUCUUCAUCUUUCUCAAUCUUGAUGUAAGCUUUUAUUCACCUUAUUGACCCACUUUUUUUCUGACUGUUGCUAUGACAUAAUAGUUGUUUGUUUCCAAUGUGUUGUAUUGUUUCAUGAAUUAAGAAUUAUUUAUUUUCAUUUGUGAAAUUUAUCUCUUUUUUUUGCAAGAGGGGGUAGGCUGUUAAAAAUAGUAUGCACAGUAAAGAAAAGAUUUUGAAAAACAUUUCAGCCGAUAACUACUAGCAAUCUGUAUUUAUUCAAAUUAUACGUGUUAACAAGUGUUAAGUGUUACACUGUGUUGGCCAUUCCUUAACCCAUUUAUGCCUAGUGGACUCUCCCAUUCUUCUAAAUUGGAUCAAUUUAUUUCCCAAAUUAGGGAUGUCUUGUAUAUUUGUUUCUAUAUUUAGAAUAUUUCUUACAGAAAUUCCUUAAAGCAAACAGCGCAGACCCAGAUGAGACGCCGCAUCAUGCGUCGUCUAAUCUGGGUCUACGCUGUAUGCCAAGGCCCUUUUUCUAGACGCUAGGCAUAAAUGGGUAAAAGUUAAUUCAGAGAAGUGUGAACUAGACUCUAAAGUGUAUUUAAAUAAUUACACAGUUGUAUGUAUAAAUUUCACCUGUAUAUUAAAAUGUUUAAACAUAUGUGCUUUAUCUAAGAGAAAGGCUUUGGAUUUCUUGUUUUAUAUGAUAAUUAUAUUUUGAUAGUGGCAUCUUAAAUUUGCACUUAACAUUUAACUUACCAAUCAAAACAUUGUCAUAUAGGAUUUAUUGAAAUACAAUACCUCCAGUGAAUACAUUCCAAUCAAAACUGUAAUAAAUUAGUCCACAUAAGCUUUCCAUUGUUCCCAUCAAUGCUACAUGUUCAAUCUUGGCAUAUUCUCAAGCCUGGUGGAAAAGGGCUGAGCCUGUUCUAGGAGGGAAUUGUGCAAAAUACCUUGUCAGGAAUAUUUUGAAUUUACCUAAAAAUUAUAAAUGUAUAGAUACUUAUAAAAAGGGAAUUUCUUUUUUUUUUAAGGAAACAAUUCUACUUUGAGGGAAUGGGGAAAAACUUCUGCCCCAAAGUUCACAAAAUAUGUGCUGUAUUAUUUCAUUCUUGUAAGGAAUCUCUCUUUCCAGUUUUGUAUGUUUUUAAUACAUAUUUAUUAUAGGGAGUGGUUGAUCACCUUCAAUAUUACCAGUAUCUAAAAUUGACAAAUGAGUUAUAACAAAUGGCAAUACCUUUAUCAAAAAGAUUCUAGAAUAACACUUUUUCCCUAGCCUAUGUUGAAAUCUGUUUUUUAGCAUAAUAUUUCUUUUCUACCAUUCAUCAAAUGUGUCAAUAUUGUUAAUUAAUUGUAAAUGUUUCUAAAUGUGCCAAAAGGUAUUCUUAAACCAUUUUGUAUUGUUUUUUUAGCUCACCUGAUUGCAAUUUACUACUGUUGAAUGUUUGUGAUUGCCCUUUGUCCGUCAUGUUGCCUAUCGUCUGUUGUGUUUCACCUUGUGAACACUCUAAAGGCCACAUUUAUUGCCCAGUCUGUAUGAAACCUGGUCAGACCAUGUGCCCUUAUAAUAUAUAAGCUGAUUUCAAAACUGGGUCAUAUGGGUCAAAAACAAAGUGACUAGGUCAAUUUAAGGAAUAAGAUUGUGAAUUUUCUAGAUGCCACAUUUAUCGCCCUGCCCUACCUUCAUGAAACUUGGGCAGGAGUGGUCAAAAUCUUAAUGUUAAUGAAAUGUUUGAAAAAGCUGACAAAUAUCUUGCGACUACAGUUAUUGUCCAAUCUUGAAGAAACAUGGCCAGAACAUUUGUCCUUACGAUAUUAAGUCAGAGUUUCAGGAUCUAGUUGGGUAUAAAACUAGGUCACUAGGUCAAAUAAAAGAAAAGGCUUGUUUACACUUUAUGGACCACAUUUAGUACCUAAUCUUCAUGAAACUUGGUCUGAAUAUUUAUCCCAAUGAUUGUAUUCUGAUUUCACAUCUGGGAAACAUUGUGUCAGAGACUAGAUAAAAUAAAAUAAAAAGUUGUGAACACUCUUCAAGUCAGAUUUAGUUGGGAAAUAUUGCCCAUCAUAUUAUUUUGUUAUCAUGAUUUCUGCUGUGGCCAGAUAUGGUUCCAUUUGAACACUCUAGAAGUCACUACCUUGACCUACUUAUCAUGAAUCUUUCUAGAAACAUUUAACAAACAUUGUUGUUAUAAUGUCUGGGUGGAGUUCAUAUUAAAAAACAUGACUGCGUGGAAUAGGGGCAGAUCUUCUUUUAAGUGUAUUGUUAACACUAUGUGCCUAUACUAGUUUAGUUCUUUGGGGUCUUAGGCAAGCAUCUGAGGGCCUUGGCCCUUUUUGUGUAAUUUCAUGAAGGCUUUUUCACCUUUGAUUGCCUAAUUGAGGAUUUUUUCUUCAAAUUAAAUCAGCGCAACCAUCAAUUUCACAUAGCUUUCCUACCAGUAAAUAAUAUUCAUAAACUUAAGUUUUAAGACUUUUGUAUAUUAGUUUAAUAAUAAACAUUUCUUACCAAAACUACUUCAUUCACAUUUAAUGAAAUAGAAACAAAAAAUGUCUGUUAGUGUUGUCAUUAAAUUUUGUCUGAAAAAUAUACAUGUAUGUAAUUGUUUUUCCAACUUUUCAUUAACAACAACCAUCUUUAGUCUUCCAGUAUAUCUUUUAACGUCUGAAAAUAUUAAGGGUGCAAUUUUAUUUCUAAAAUCUAUAUUAUUACUAAAAUGCUUAUCUGAAAGGUGGGACAAGUUAUUAGGUAACCAUUUGGUACCUAUGUGUUUCACAUUUAGAAGGAUGCAACGAUGAAGAAUUGUAUUAAAAUUCUUAAUACUAAAUUAUCAAACGACUAAAUAGGACAUUAUUCUAAGCCCCGAUAUACAAUACCACAUUAGAAACAGACUAACAAGGACAUUAUUAUAUAAAAUUGAGUAUUGCAUUUCUUGGAACAAAAGUAAAUGCCAAUAAAAUGUUGUAAAACUUAAGUCGGAAUUGUAAAUCAAGCUAAAGCAUGCUGGCUUGCUUAUAAAAGCAAUCACUUUUGGCAAAUACUUUUAGAGAGAUUGGCUAUUUCCUCUCAAUAAUUUGUUUGCACUCUGAAGGAGUGUAAGGGUUCUAACCUAGCAAUGCUUGGGUGAAAACAUCUGUCACUGUUGGUUGCUAUGUAUGACGUGAGAAUAUACAUUGAUUUCUUUAAAGAUUUAAUAUAUGUCACAUUUCUAACGAAUGUUUCAUUUUUACCUCGGCUGUUUUCGGAGAAAACACGAGCUAUUGUCAAAGCCAGCUUGUCCGCCAUUCGCGUCGUGCUAAAACUUUAACAUUGGCUCUAAAAUCAAAAUGCUUCCACCUACAACUUUGAAACUUCAUAUGUAGCUGCACCUUGAUGAGUUCUACAUGCCACACCCAUUUUUGGGUCACUAGGUCAAAGGUCAAGGUCACUGUGACCUGUAAUAUAAAAAAAUAAUUCUUCUGACAAGCUUUCAUUUAUUCAAAACUGCACCCCCAGCCGAGCGUUGGCACCUGCUAUGCAGUGCUCUUGUUAUGGACAUUUUAUAAGACUGAAAAUCAAAAUGAUGUUUAACUUAUACAACACUAAUACCAUGGUAUUCCCAUGUAGUGUGUUCAUCUGACCUCAGUGUGUGUACUUUUUACGAAAAUCAUUACUGAAAAUCACUCUGUGUUACAUUCUUAUUAAACUCAUCUCCUAUAAGCAUAAGUAUACAAUCAAAAAUAAAUAAAAUCCCAAUCAGUUAAGUGUUCAUUUUGUCAAAAAGGUUUAAGGUCAUGCAGUUCCAAUGAUCAAGGGUUAAGUUGCGAAUUGUGCACAAUCUAUCUUUAGCUCACCUGAGCACAACGUGCUCAUGGUGAGCUUUUGUGAUCGCCUUUUGUCUGUCGUCCCUUGUGCGUUGUCCGCUGUGCGACGUCAACAUUUGCCUUGUUCACUCUCUAGAGGCCACAUUCAUUGUCCAAUCUUAAUGAAAUUUGGUCAGAAGAUUGGUUUCAAUGAUAUCUUGAAUUAGAUCGAAAAUGGUUACGUUUGCUUGAAAAGCAUGGCUGCCAAGGGGCGGGGCAUUUUUCCUAAUAUGGCUUUAUAAAGCUAUAGUAAAAUCUUGUAAACACUCUAGAGGCCACAUUUAUUGUCUGAUCUUCAUGAAACUUGGUCAAAAGAUUCAUCCCAAUGAUAUCUUGGAAGAGUUCGAAAAUGAUGUCUGUUGGAUGAAAAACAUGGCUGCCAGGGGGCGGUGCAUUUUUCCUUAUACGGCUAUAGUAAAACCUUGUUAACACUCUAGAGGCAACAUUUAUUUUCCGAUCUUCAUGAAACUUGCUCAGAAGAUUUUUCCCACUGAUAUCUUUGAUGAGUUCAAAAAUGGUAACCUUUGCUUGAAAAACAUGGCUGCCAAGGGGCGGGGCAUUUUUCCUUAUAUGGCUAUAUAUGGCCCUGGUAAAAUCUUGUUAACACUCUAGAGGCCACAUUUACUGUCCAAUCUUAAUGAAACUUGGUCAGAAGAUUCAUUCCAAUAAUAUCUUGGAUGAGUUCGAAAAUGAUGCCGGUUUGUUGAAAAACAUGGCCGCCAGGGGCGGGGCAUUUUUCUGUAUAUGGAUUUAGUAAAACCUUGUUAACACUCUAGAGGCCACAUUUAUUGUCCAAUCUUGAUGAAAUAUGGUCAGAAGAUUUGUCUUAAUGAUACCAAGGGGCGGGGCAUUUUUCCCUAUAUGGCUAUAAAAGGCUAUAGUAAAAUCUUGUUCACACUCUAGAGGCAACAUUUAUAGUCCGAUCUUCAUGAAACUCGGUCAGAAGAUUCAUCCCAAUAAUAUCUUGGACGUGUUAAAAAAUGAUGCCGGUUGGUUGAAAAACCUGGCCACCACAGAGUGGGGCUAUUUUCCUUAUAUGGCUACAGUAAAACCUUGUUAACACUCUAGAGGUCACAUUUAUUUUCCAAUCAUCAUGAAACUUAGUCAGAAGGUUUGUUCCAAUGAUAUCUUGGAUGAGUUCGAAAAUGGUUUUGGUUGCUUAAAAAACAUGGCCACCAGGGGCAGGGCAUUUUUCCUUAUAUGGCUUUAUAUGGCUAUAGUAAAACCUUGUUAACACUCUAGAGGCCACAUUUAUUGUCCAAUCUUCAUGAAAUUUGGUCAGAGGAUUGGUCUCAAUGAUAUCUUGGAUGAGUUCGAACAUAGUUAUGUUUGCUUGAAAAAAAUGGCUUCCAAGGGCCGGGGCAUUUUUCCUUCUAUGGCUAUAGUAAAAUCUUGUUAACACUCUAGGGGCCACAUUUACUUCCGAUCUUCAUGAAAGUUGGUCAGAAGAUUCAUCCCGAUAAUAUCUUGGAUGAGUUCAAAAAUAAUGCCGGUUGGUUGAAAAACAUGGCUGCCAGGAGGCGGGGCAUUUUUCCUUAUAUGGCUAAAGUAAAAGCUUGUUAACACUCUAGAGGCCACAUUUAUUUUCCGAUCUUUGUGAAACUUGGUCAGAAGAUUUGUCCCAAUAAUAUCUUGUUAUCUCAGGUGAGCGACUUUGGGCCUUUCAGGCCCUCUUGUUUUAUAUUGUAUUUGAUAUUGAUAAAAAACAAAUAUUAUUUUAUGAAAUAUUUUACAGAUGUUUAGAAAAGUGCUGUGCAUUGUAUUACAAUGAACAAGUUUGUUUAUUUAUGCAUCUGUUAAAUGUGUUGCGAAAACUGUAUUUGUUUGUAGCUUGUUUCAAUGUGUCCCUGCUUAUUAUCUGAAUCUCUGUGUUGUCAAGCCACGUCAUGCUGAAAUGGGCCUUAGUACACACCCCAACAGUGCAGCUCCAGAUAUGUAUAUCUGCAUCCUUGUAUUCUCAUGACGAAUUAUAAUAUAAGGUAGUGGGACCAUGAAACCUUGCGUGACUACAGAGGCUGGUUGCCUGUAACUACUCUGGAUUCAUAUAGCCAAAUAUAAUACACCUUGCGUGACUACAGAGGCUGGUUGCCUGUAACUACUCUGGAUUCAUAUAGCCAAAUAUUAUACCCUUCUUCUCAUGAUGCGGCUCCUAUUAUUUGGGCCGUGCUCUGUGAAAAAGGGUUUUAAUGCAUGUAUAUAAAGUGUCGUCCCAAAUUAGCCUGUGCAGUCCGCACAGGCUAUUCAGGGACGACACUUUCUUUAGAAACUUGAUUUUUGCUAAACAGAUAUUUUCUUGAAACAAAAAAUAUCAUUAAAGCGGAAAGUGUCAUCCCUGAUUAGCCUGUGCGGACUGAACAGGCUAAUCUGGGAUGAUACUAAGCACUUUUAUUAAAACCCUUUCCACAGAGCACGGACUCAUAUAUUUAAUAGAUGUUGUACUGUUAUGUUGCUUUGUCAAUCUGUGUAUAUCUUUACUAAUAUAUAUCACAUUUGGUUCUAUGGUGGUUUGUAUAAUACUAGUAUUUAAAAUCAAGUCUAUGUUUGCAUCAUACUGCUAAAUCUUUUUUCUGGAACAACAUUAUGAUUAAACUUAAUAUUCAAUUUUUGAACUGGUCAUGAUUCUUUUGAUUAAGAAAUUUGUCAGAAAGAAUUCUAGAUUGCUUAAGCUAAUGAAGAUGCAUAUAUUUUGAGCAGUAGACAACAUAUACUUAACAGGCUGUUAACUUUUCCAGUGUUCUUUGUUGCCCAAACAGACAUUGUCAGAAAGCAUGCUUGCCCAAAUGGAUUAUUUUCUUUAGGACUACAGGACAGGCAAUUUCACAAACACUGUUAACAGUAAUUUUGUGAUUAAAAAUAUUUUUUUAAAGUGCUAACAUCAAAUCUUUAAACCUUCUACACUAUAAAGUUAUGAAGAGACUGUUGAGUGAUCACUUAUUCUCCUGAAAAAAAUGAAUAUAUAAUACAGCUAUAUUAUAUUAUAUUAUUCAAAAGGAUGAUUGUUACCAACUGUUGUUUAAACUUUUCAUUACUCCAUAUAUUAACUUAACAUAUUCAAAAGCUGAGACAUAGCAAACUAUUAUAGAAAAAAUUAAUUAAUGCAUCAAGUAAUCAAAAUGAUAUGCAUACUUUUUCUAAAUGUACAAAUUUCUUCUUGUGAUUGUGAAAUAUAGGUAUAACAUUAUAACAUGCCACAUAAUAAACCUAAAUACUUCUCUUUUAACUCAUUUAUAUAUAUUUACAAUCAGGUUCUCAAAUAUUUGUUAUUGAUUCCAAAAUGAUUUCAUAUGCCCAGUAAUUACGUCGCAUGCAUGGGAAAAAUAAAUAUCCAUUUUAGUAAAUUGUUUAUUAAUUAACCCUUUACCACUUACAUAGUAUUUUGACGCAUUUGUAGUCCCUUAGAAAGUUGAAUUAAGUUAAAGACCUAACUAACAAUAUUCAUGUUUUAAAGGCUUCAUUUCCAACCCAUAGAUACUCGUAAGCAGCAAACAGCAUAAAACCUGAACAGACUGCGAGUUACUCGCAGGCUGUUUUGUUUGAUGCUGUUUACAAAUAGCCAUUUUCACUUGGAUCUGAGUGGGAAAGCGUUAGGCCUAGUAUCUUAAGCAUAAUGAUGGUGAUUUAUGAAUAAGCAUAAACCAUUUAAGGAAAAAACACAUGGGUUACAGAGGUGAAAAAGAGAUAGGUAUUCCAGUAUUUUAAAUGCAUGACUACGUUUUUCAUAUUUGAGAAUUUUCAAUUAAAGGUUUAACCCAUUUAUGCCUAGUGGACUCUCCCAUCCUUCUAAAUCAGAUCAAUUUAUUUCCAAAAUUAGGGAUGUCUAGUAUAUAUAUUUCUAUAUUUAGAAUAUUUCUUACUGAAAUUCCUUUCAGCAAACAGCGCAGACCCUGAUGAGACGUCGCAUCAUGCGGCGUCUCAUCUGGGUCUACGCUGUUUGCCAAGGCCUUUUUCUAGACGCUAGGCAUAAAAGGUUAAAUAUCACCAGCACAUUUGUGUAGAUUUUAGAACUUUGUUACUGGUUAACGUGAUAAUAUUGUGUUUCUUGCUUUUUGUACAUUUAAUAUUUUACAUAUUAUUCUAUACAUUCUGUUUGUUAAAGCAUUAUUUUUAAGUAUAUUCUACACAAAUAUUGUUGUCUUGUCAGUAUAUAGAUGUUCAAUUAUAUAAUUGCACUGACUGCAUACAGACAUAGUGUCAAAAUCCAUGUGUAGUUAAAAAUGGUUCAUUAAAGCAAUCUAGUAAUUAUUUUUUGGCAGUGAAUCAUAAUUUAGUUUUAAAGACAGCGACACUAUCAAAACCAGCAACAGAAACAAACAAACACAAAUAAUAGUGAUAAGAAAACUCCAAAUAAUAUAAAGGAAUAUUAUUUGCUUUUCAUGAACUUUAUUUUUGUGGAUUUUAAGGGACAUGUCUUGCAUUUAUGAAAAAUCAUUAAAGGUUUUAGAAAAGAAAACUAUAUCACUGGGAAUAAUAUAUUAUCAAGAAAAACUUAAUAAAAUAUUUUGCCUUAACUCUUCCAGUGCUGGAACCGAAUUUUGAAGGCCUUUGCAAACAGUUUGGAUCCUGAUGAGAUGCCACAGAACGUGGCGUCUCAUCAGGAUCCAAACUGUUUGCUAUUCUGAUAGUAAUCUUUGAAAAAAAAUCGAAGAAAAUGCUUAUUUUAGAAAUUCAGCAGACGACAUUUAAGCAGAAGACAAAUUACCCAGCAUGCAAAGGGUUAACUGGGAUUUGAAGCCAGGUCCUUUAGAAGCAAAAUCACCUAACCAUAUGAAAAUUCUGUCUUAUAAACUUAAACAAUAUAUUUGAAAUGCUUUUGUAGUAGAAUACAUUUUUCCCAAAUAUUGAGGAUAAGCUUUACAAAUGCUUUUAUAUUUUUAUCAAUUUUGAUUAAUUAUAACAGGUUCCCAUACAUUUCAUUAUAUUUUCAAGUGUUAUUAUGCUUGUUAGAAUAGAAUGCACGACCAUGUUCUUUAUGGAAUCUAUGACAGUUUUUGGGAACUUACCAAUAUUUAAAUUCAUUGAGUAUUUUACUGAAUUAUUUUAGCAAUUUCUUUUCUGUUAGUUUAUUUGAAACCUAGUUAUUUUAGCUGGAUUGCAUUGAAAGCCUAAGGCUGAUUUUAAAUGCUCUUUAAGUCCGUUUCCUGGGACUAGAACCAGUACUUGGUGCCUUAAGGGGAGAUCUAAAGAACGCUCCCAAUGUCUUUUCUGUUAAAGGAAAUAACAAAUUAUUAAAUGACCAAAAAUGGUUCAUAAUAUCAUAUAAUAAUGAAAUUUAAAGUAAUUUCUGUGUGAAAGUUAUUGUCAGUGUUAUGAAUAUGAUGUUUUGUGCCUUGUCCAGUAUGCAGUCAGUUCAAAGUAUGCGUUUGUUAGUGUAUUAAUAUAAUAUAUAUAAUCUAUAAACACGUCAUGGCCAAAAUUGUUGUUGUCCAGUGUUUGUUUUAAUGUCUCAUGCUUUAUAUUUCUGUUCACAUCUGACAUUACAGAAAUUAAAUCAAAUAGAAUAUCA